GAGGAGAAGAAGAAACAGAGGAUUUUUAUUCAUUACUCUUUUAUCUUCUUCUUUCUUUUCCAAAAAGUUGCAUCCUUUCGAGAAAACAAAUCCUCAUUUUUCUCAGAAACAAAUUUAGAAGAAAAUCUUAGGGUUUUAAAAUUUGUUUCUCAGGACACAAAUCUGUUUUUGUUGUUGUUGUUGUUGUUCUUUCUCUCCCUGUAUUUCCUCUAACAAAAACUAACCUGAGAGAGAGAGACUCUCUCUUCUCUGUCUUUGUCUCUUCCAUUGACCUCGUUUUUGGUCCCAAGAAGCUCUGCUCUGGUUUCGAGGAAGUUAUGCAUGGUUAACGAGGCUGUGUGAUUUGAGAAAUUAGGGUUUAUGGAAGCUUGGAUUGCGUGAAAUGCUUGUCAAUUAAGACUCAGCACAAGAGAUUUUUGGUUUUCUCGUGUUGGGUUUUUGGAAAGUUUUCAACUUUGAUUCAAUUUUUUUUUGUGGUCUGUGAUUGAAAUAAGAAGAAAGGAAUGAUGUUGUCGGCAUCGCCGAACACACUAGCGAAAAGCUCGUUAGAGGAGAUGCUUGAGUCUCUUCGUCAGAAAGAUGAGUGUGAUCGGCCUAAAGAUAUGCCACCAGCGCUUCCUUCUCGGCCUAAUUCAAGAGCUCGUCUUCCCUCUGCUCGCCGUUCACUUCCGGCCAAGUUUAAUGUUUCUAGUGUGAUGGAAGAUCAGAACGGGAGUGUUGCUUCUGCGACGCCUGCGGUGGAAACUGAACCGGAAAGGAAAGAGGAAGUGGGGAAGAGGAAAGAGAAGGAUUUGGGGGUUAAGAGGAAUAGUUUUGGAAGCAAGAAAAUGAGGACUGGUCUUAAGUCAGAGUCUCCUUAUGCAGAAGAGAAGGAAGAGGAAGGUGUGAAGAUUAGUACUGCUCCGGUGGAGAAUACGGAGGAGCAUAAACCUGAGUGGAACAAUAACAUUGAGUAUUUCAUUAAGAAGAAACUUCGAGUUUGGUGUCGGGUUGCUAAUGGGCAGUGGCAACUGGGGAAGAUACAGUCUACUUCUGCUGAUUCGUCACUUGUUAUGUUGUCCACUGCAAAUGUUGUGAAAGUGUCUACUGAAGAGCUUUUUCCUGCAAACCCAGAUAUUUUGGAAAGUGUUGAAGACCUAAUACAGCUUAGUUAUUUAAAUGAACCAUCAGUUCUUUAUAACCUUCGUGUGAGAUAUUCGCAAGAUGUGAUCUAUAGUAAAGCAGGGCCAGUACUGAUUGCAGUCAACCCGUUCAAGAAUGUCGAGAUUUAUGGAAAUGAUUUUAUCUCAGCUUAUCAGAAGAAGGCUGUGGAUGCUCCUCAUGUAUAUGCUGUGGCCGAUGCAGCUUAUGAUGAAAUGAUGAGAGAAGAGAAGAAUCAGUCUAUUAUUAUAAGUGGAGAAAGUGGAGCUGGGAAAACUGAGACUGCAAAAUUUGCAAUGCAGUACUUGGCAGCACUUGGUGGAGGUAGCUGUGGAGUAGAGUAUGAAAUCAUAAAGACAACCUGCAUACUCGAAGCUUUUGGGAAUGCCAAAACAUCAAGAAAUGCUAACUCUAGCCGAUUUGGUAAACUCACAGAAAUUCAUUUUAGUGCAAUGGGAAAGAUAUGUGGAGCCAAACUUGAAACUUUUCUGCUAGAGAAGUCAAGAGUGGUUCAGCUGUUCAAUGGUGAAAGAUCCUACCAUAUAUUUUAUGAGUUGUGUGCAGGUGCUUCGCCGAUUCUAAAAGAGAGACUGAAGCUUAAAACCGCAAGUGAGUAUACCUACCUGAGCCAGAGUGAUUGCUUAACCAUUGACGGUGUUGAUGAUGCUCAGAAAUUUCACAAACUACUGGAAGCAUUUGACAUUGUUCAAAUCCCUAAAGAUCACCAAGAGCGUGCAUUUGCAUUGCUUGCAGCAGUGUUGUGGCUAGGGAAUGUAUCGUUCAGAGUUACUGACAAUGAAAACCAUGUGGAGGUGGUAGCGGAUGAAGGUACAAUCUACUGUCUUAAUUCAUUAAAAAUGUUACUAAGUGAUAACAUUGCUGCUAUGUUAAUGAGCUGCAAGUCAGAAGAGCUUAUCAUUGGGCUGUUAUUUCUUACAGCUGUUACCAAUGCUGCUAUGUUAAUCGGCUGCAAGUCAGAAGAUCUGAUGGUGGUUUUGUCUACUCGUAAGCUUCAAGCUGGUACGGAUUGCAUUGCCAAAAAACUGACCUUGCGGCAGGCAACUGACAUGAGGGAUGCAAUAGCAAAAUUUAUCUAUGCGAACCUUUUCGACUGGCUUGUUGAGCAAAUAAACAUUGCACUAGAAGUCGGUAAAUCACGUACGGGAAGAUCUAUAAGCAUCCUGGAUAUAUAUGGGUUUGAAUCAUUUAAGAAUAAUAGCUUCGAACAAUUCUGUAUAAACUAUGCAAAUGAGAGAUUGCAACAACACUUUAACCGGCAUCUAUUUAAACUGGAACAAGAGGAAUAUGAAGAAGAUGGAAUUGACUGGACUAAGGUUGAAUUUGUUGACAAUCAAGAGUGCUUAGAUCUAAUUGAGAAGAAACCCAUUGGUUUGUUGUCUCUACUAGACGAAGAAUCAAAUUUUCCAAAAGCAACUGAUUUGACCUUUGCCAACAAGCUCAAGCAACACUUGAAGACUAACUCUUGCUUCAAAGGAGAGAGAGGUCGAGCCUUCAGAGUUAAUCAUUAUGCCGGAGAGGUUCUCUAUGAUACAAAUGGGUUUUUGGAGAAGAACAGGGAUCCUUUGCCUGCUGAUCUUAUCAAUCUUCUAUCAUCAUGCGACUGCCAGUUGCUGAAACUGUUUUCUACCAAAAUGCGUGGCAAAUCUCAGAAGCCACUCAUGUUAUCAGAAUCCACGAACCAAACUGUUGGAACAAAGUUCAAGUGUCAACUUUUCAAGUUGAUGAACAAGUUAGAGAACACAAGUCCACACUUCAUUCGAUGCAUAAAGCCGAAUUCGAAGCAGCUUCCCAGAGUUUAUGAAGAGGAUCUUGUCUUACAACAGCUUAGAUGUUGUGGCGUGUUGGAAGUUGUUAGAAUAUCAAGAUCUGGAUAUCCUACUCGUUUGACACAUCAAGAGUUUGCAGGAAGAUAUGGAUUCUUAUUGUCAGACAAAAAUGUCUCUGAGGAUCCUCUGAGCGUAUCAAUCGCUGUUCUUAAACAAUAUGACGUUCAUCCUGAAAUGUAUCAAGUGGGUUAUACAAAACUGUACCUCCGAACUGGGCAAAUUGGUAUCUUUGAAGAUAGGAGAAAAAAAGUUCUUCAAGGCAUAGUAGGCUUACAAAAGCAUUUUCGUUGUCACUUGUCUCGUAAAUACUUCCAAAAUAUGAGGGCUGUAGCAUUGGUACUUCAGUCAUAUGUACGAGGUGAAAUUUCCCGAAGAGUGUUUGACACUGAAGCAAAAAUCCAUGCGGAUACUGUUUCUGAAGCAAGCACAGAUGAGGUGACUGCAGUCAUACACUUGCAAUCUGCGGUUCGUGGAUGGUUGGCUCGCAACCGUUUCAAUAGUAUGCAAAGACAGAAAGAAUUACUCAACGUGACGACAAAAUCAAAGAAGAAAGCGGGCAGGAGGAUUUCAGAAGACAAGGAUAUUCCUCUGGAACAGUUCCAAGUCCAACCAACAACUGUGUCUGAUCUCCAAAAGCGAGUAUUGAAAUCUGAAGCAGCUUUAGCGCAGAAGGAAGAAGAAAACACAGCAUUGAGAGACCAGUUGAGGCAAUUUGAGGAGAGAUGGUCAGAGUAUGAAGUAAAGAUGAAGUCAAUGGAAGACACAUGGCAAAAGCAAAUGUCGUCAUUGCAGAUGAGUCUUGCCGCAGCUAGAAAGAGUCUAGCUACAGAGAGCAUCACGGGACAAGCAGGAGGACGACAAGACACAUCAAUAUCUCCUUUCGGUUAUGACUCAGAGGACACAAUGUCUACUGGAACUCCGGGAGUAAGAACUCCCACUACUAAGUUCACUAACGGAAACACUCCUGAGCUCAGAAUCAGAGAACUUAACGGAAGUUUGAACGCUGUUAAUCAUCUCGCAAGAGAGUUUGAUCAAAGGAGACUCAAUUUCGAUGAAGAUGCAAGGGCUAUUGUGGAGGUGAAGCUUGGAGGACCGCAGGCAACUCCAAACGGGCAGCAACAGCAACAUCCAGAAGAUGAAUUCAGGAGACUGAAGCAAAGAUUUGAGACAUGGAAGAAAGAUUACAAAGCUAGAUUAAGAGAUACCAAAGCAAGACUCCAUAGAGUAGACGGUGAUAAAGGUCGUCACCGGAAAUGGUGGGGAAAAAGAGGCUAGGUGGUUUAUUAGUGUGUGGAUUCUUCCACUUAGCUUUGUAUUAGUAUCACGAUCCCAAAAUGUUAGAUUGAGAGCAAUGUAGAUUUAGCUGAGUGACAUGUAUUUUUCGACUACUAUUGUGCAUAGCAGAUAGAGAUUUGUAAUUUGAGAGGAACAAGAAAGGUUAUGUUCAUAUCAUUACAAGCAUCA